ACUGUUUGCUUCUCGUUGGCUCCUGCCACUCGCGCUCGCUGCCGCUUCGAUUUAAUUUACAGCGCUGCUCAAUGUGAUUAACGGAAUAGAGCAGACGGAGUGGGACCGGACCGGACUGGACUGAACAGGACAAUGGCGUCAGCAGUUGUGGAGCAGCAAACCAGUUGUUCGGUCCUGCUCAGCCGUGACCAAGAGCUCCUUCUGCAGCGGCUCUCUUGUAAGGAGAGAAGCAGAAUUCUAAAGAAAUCGUCCAGCGAGAUGAAGCUGAAAAGGCAAAACGCGGCUGUACCGCUGGGGACACACAAAGGGGGCGAUAGACAAAUCCCCAACGCUGCAGAUAGCCCGGCGGACAUGGAGGCUGCGACUCCCAGAUUGACUGGUCGCUCGGGUAGACGAACCUCGGCUCAUCUUGGAAAGUCCGGGGUUGUUAAGCUACCUCGGCACGCUCGGCCCAGGAGGGAGGCAUGGUCUAUCUUCGCUCAGGAAGACCCACGGGUAAAGGAGGAAAAAGGCGAAGGGCAUCUCUUCCAUCUGUGCGCAGUCGAGCUGGACUGGUGCGACGCAUGCAACAGACAAGUGCGAGUGACAGCAUACCGAUGCAGAAACUGCAGCUAUACCUGUCACUAUGAAUGCCAAGGCUUUAUUCAGCUGGACUGCAACCAGCCUCCAAGACUAUUUGAGGAUAGUCCAUCACCAGAGAAGCCUAGAACACCUAGCCCAGUCCUGAAUGAUGCCAAACAAGAGAUACCAAAGGAACUUUCCUAUCAAGAAAUUAAGAAGAAGAUUGAAGACUACAAUUCUGAAGUCUCUGACUGUCUAGGGAUGAAAUUGAGUGAGGACUGCACCUACACUGGAUUCAUCAAGGUGCAUUUGAAGCUACAACGGCCUGUGACAGUUAACCCCACAGAAGGCUCAGAGAAAAAGACCUCCUUCUACUUGCCUAUGAAUGCUGUUAAGCAACUGCAUAUAAUCAGCACCACCACAGUCAGUGAAGUUAUUCAGGGCCUGCUCCUCAAGUACAUGGUUAUCGACAAUCCCCAGAAAUUCGCACUUUACGGACAAACGCAGAGAGAUGGCCAAGAACUUGUACAGAAGCUGCCAAUGCAGGAACACCCUUUGGUCUUGAGGCUCGAUGCUGGUCCUGAUGCCUCCAAGCUAACUUUUGUACUGAAAGAAAAUGAAUCACAGGAAGUAGAGUGGCACGCCUUCUCAGUCCCAGAGCUGCAGAACUUCCUAACAAUUCUGGAAAAAGAAGAACAGGACCGAAUAAAGCAGGUGCACGCAAAAUACGACAGAUAUCGACGCAAACUAAAGAAGGCCUUAGAAGAGGCAGAAGGGAAGCCAGGAUAAUCCACAGAAAAUACGUGACUGAUACGAAUUUCACUCAGGACUCUCUUGCAGGAAAAUGAGGAAGGAACAAGACCCCCACAUGUCUUGUUAGUCCUAGGAGCUUCUUUUUCUUUUUUUUUUUUUCUUUUUGUGAAAGUUUCAUUUGGACUGACUAGUUCUGGAAACUCUGAUGGUUUUUUGGUCAAAUAGUCUUCAACUGCUGCUAUCGCAAAACCCACCAUGCGUUUGUGUUUCAGCUCUGCUAGACUGGUGCUGCUUGGUUUUCUGCCACUGCUGGAUUUGGGUGAGAGCAUUCUGGUUCAAAUAUGGAGGCAAAAAACAAUAAUUAAGGAUAAGGUCCUCCUCAUUUUUAAUAGCAUUUGGUAGUAAGGGGCAACCUUUUAAUUUGUGGGGGUAAAAAAUCCUUUAAGAUAUUUUUUUAAUUAAAAAAAAAACAAUUUUGGUAGUGAUAAGGAUUUUCUCUUUACAUUCUAUGAAAUCAUAACUUUCUUCUUUUAGUUACUUCAAAUCCAAUUAGGUUACAGUAUUAUACUGUUGUGAAUCAUCUAGUGUUUGUCUGCAUGUUGUUCAGGUUAAACCUAACAGGGCUUUCAGAAGAUUACUGUAAACACAUAAAUGGACAUCCUUAUUCUCCCAGGGUUGCCUGGACCUCUGUCCACAAGUCUGUCAUGUUAAAAGUGGCACUUGAAGAGGCCUCUAGAUCAAUGGCUAGCGAUGGAUCAUGCGAGUGUGCAGUCCAUGUGUGUGUACACAUGUUUUAUUAUACGCAUAGUGAAGAAUUGACUAGCGGUACUCUGGGCCAAACACAGGAAUAAUCGGUCACAUAUUUUUUUUCAUUCUUAAGUUUUUUGUUUCACAAUGAAUCCCAGUGCCUUCAUAGGUGUAAAUGUAUUGAACUAUUUCCUAAUGUCAAGCGCACGACAAGAAAAGAUUGUAAAAGUGUGGCGUACUGUAAAUAUUGCCCAAAAUAAGGUGUCCCUUCCAAGUACAUUUUUGAAACAUAAAAUAUCUUCAAUAAAACUCCGUGAAGGAGGCCAGGAAAUUGCAGAAUUUCUAAACUGUUAAUUUCAGAAUCCAAAAACUUUGAAGACCGCUCCAUUUUGUAAACCUUCCCACUCAAUGUGUUGUAUUUCUGAUCAUUUUUACACCAGAUUAACAAAAAGCCAUCUUUCAGAGAAGAAAGUAAACAAACUCACAGGCACGCUAAACAGUUAACAGGAUGUAAUGUUUAAUACUCCUUAACGUGCACCCAGAAAAUGGCCAAUAAAGAAUAAGCAAAAAUUACUUUUACACUUUAAGGUAAUGUUUUCAGAGUGGUCGAUGAGUUCCAGAAUAUUAGGUAUAAAUAAUAACUCAUUUAAUUUCAAUCAGUUUUGUUCCCAUUUUCAGUGGGUUGGCUUUAACUGUGAUCUUGAGCUGUCUGUGACCUCCCCACAUGUCCCAAUAAUCAAAGGUUGCCUCUAUGGACACUAAACAGAACUCCAGUUAUCUCUGUUUUCUUAUCCAGUACAACAAUCACUAGUAUUAUAUAGCAAGGUUGUGUGUUUGCCAGUUACAGAAAAAAAAAAAAUUUCUCUGAAAUUGUAUUCGUGGUAUUUUACUACCCUCAGAUACUCAGAAGUUUAGGCAUUCCAAGUGGGCUGUCUUGAAUGUUCAUGUAGUUUACAUAUGGAGGCCUUACAAUGCAUGGCCUUUUCAGAGAAGCUCACAAAGUGACUGGAGUGUCACUUGUCCCACCUCCUCAAGUGCUGGGCCUGACUGAGCCCCAGUACGACAGCAGCUGACACACAUGGCAUUUUCAGAGAGGCAAGAAGUGCUGCAUAGCACAGUGGAAAAAUCCAGCCCUGAAAAGGUGAGCAGAGCUUUAUUUAAUGGUUCACUAGGAAAUGAGUGAAAGACUGAACUAUUUCACAGCUGGGUCUCUUACAGAGAUUGCUGAAACAGAAGGGGAUAUAAUGUGGGAUUCAAGUCGGGACACAACAUCUUUUUUUUUUACAAAAGAGGGGUCCGCUAUAGCAAAGCAAAGUCUUGUGGACACAAAAAAGAAGAAAUUAAAAAAGCACAAAAUAAAUCUAAGUUACUCCCUGCUUAAAAAAAAAGGAUCUCCUUUAGUAAACGUUAUGGAUUAUUGUUUUUAUUGUAACUUUAAUUCUAAUGUAUACAUCACUAUUCCAUGUUUUCUAGCACAUUUCAUUAUUAUAAAACAUGAAUGUGACACAUGCACCAUUUCAGUUGUAUAAUUUGGGGGUCCUUUCUAUACACAGGCCUACCAGUCUGGACACACCCAGAAAUGAUCCUGUUUUUUUUAUACUGUAUAAACUGUUAGUUUUUUUAUCAAGAUACCAUUAAAUCAAUUUAGAAAUACAGACAUUACUAGUGGUUCUAAUGGCUACUACUGCUUGAAAUGACAGAUUUUCAUUUUAUUUUUCACAUAUGACUGUGAAGCUCCUUUUUCAGCAGAUAUUCUUAGAAUGAAGAUUAUUCCAUAUGACAGAAUGUUAGUACUUUGUACUCCAUGUGAUCAAAAUAACAGGUUUCAGUGGUGCUAAUGCAAUUUACGAAGGUUUCUCUAAUAACCAAUUAGCAUAUAAACACAACUAAUCAAGGAUGAGUUAAGGGAGUUAACUGUUAGCACACUGAAGGAAUGGCUGCUGGACACAGGGCUUUGCAGUCAUACGUAUGUGAAUAAUAAAUUAAAGUCAGGUGUUUUAAGCGUAUAAAUAAAAGGUAAUCAAUUUCUAUCAAAAUAUGUGCAUUUCUGUGUUUGUCCAGACCUUUGACCAGUUGUGUGUGUGUGUGUGUGUAUAUAUAUAUAUAUAUAUAUAUAUAUAUAUAUAUAUAUAUAUAUAUAUAUAUAUAUAUAUAUGUAAUAGAGAGAGAUGCAGACAAACAUAUGCAGAUAUGAGUUAGAGAUGAGUAAUUUCAGUAUUCAUCAGCAAAAGGAAAGCAUACGUGCAGUUUCAUGCCACCCUGAAUAUCUCAGCAUUUCCACUCUUUAGAUGUGUGUGUUUGUCAGUGUAGAAUUGUCCUUCAUCUGUUUGUGUUUUUUUGUUUUGAGCUUUUUUUUUUUUUAUAAAUAUUCAGACACACACCCCCCAACGUCAGAAUCAAUGUAUUGUAACAGUCUACUGAUGAACAGUUAAUUAAAAUCUCCUACUUUAUAAUGGCUAAGUACUCGCCCACUCGGCUAAACAAAGGUUGGGAAGGUUAGUUCAGGUAGAGGGGGACAUUCCUGAUUAAUAACCCUGCAUUAACAACGUGCCCCAGGACCAUCUGUAAAGGGGGCCUGCUGCUAUGUCACUCGACGGGUGGCCAUGUGAGACACACCAGUACUGCUAACCAGGAGAUGUCUGCCACUUUGCAGUGCUGUUUAGGUUGUAGAGGUGCGUUAGGUGAACAGUAUAAACCAAUGGCGUCUUUUGGCCAGUGCACUUUGCUACUUUGGUUGUGAGCCACGUGGGUGAAUUUGGGUCUUGUUAGAUGCCAAAUCCCUGGUACUUUGACAAGCUCACACAUGCACAGAAGGGUUUGGUACUGGGAUAGAUUGAAGUGCAAUAAAAAAUGGGAAAAAAAACAACAAAUCUGACAGUAUGGACGGGAUAUUUUUGCAGGCCAAGUAUUUGAAUGGUUUGUGCGCUAGCUGUGGUGGGUUGUAAAGAGGACACAUGUUCUUUGUUUUAUACAUAAGAAAUGACAGCAGUUUUGUAUGUAGGAUAAAAAUUCAGUAAUUUAUUAUUUUAACAGGGAAAAAAAAUAUCUAACGUUCAUCCUCUGUGCCUUGUGGUACCCUAACCCUUAUGCCUCUAAACAAAAUAUUAUAUGUAAAGUGUAAUAUAUACAAUAUAUACAGUAUAUAUAUAUAUAUUAUUAUACAUAGAUAGCAAGAUGUCCAUAGCACACCUGACAGCAUUUGGAUGUGCCACGUCAAACCUGCUCUGUCCGCUGGAGUGUGCGGCCCAACUGCUUCCUUGAAAACAUAAGCUGCUUAGUAAACCCUCCAAUAGGUACCUGGUAGGGGCUCAUGGUGGAGACCACGUGUUCUCAUUUAGAAAUGAGGGUGGAGACAGCUGGCAGCAGCCUAAAGAAUCCUACGGAUUACAGUCGGCCAUUGUGGCCCAACCUCAGAAGAGCCGCUGCCGCUUCAUGUGUGUAACUGGUUUCAGUUUGAAAUUCGCAAUGUGUCGAUCCAGGCUGGUGGUAGUCUGAAGGCCAUUUGGGAAGCAAAUUUCUUAAAGGAUUUUGUUUUAUUGUUGCUUUGUAUAAAGUACUCCUUCAUCACAUUUCUAAAGAGUUUGUGCUGCCAUUGUGCGUUUGUUCCACACACCAUGCCAAGGAAUUUGAGAUGAAACGGUUAGGAAAAGGAAUAAUCCAGGUAAACAUCCACAGUUGUGUCACCAGCACAACUCAUUUCCAUCAGUGUUUUUCAAAACAUCUCAACCUAAACAAUUGCCUUUUACGACUGAAAAGACUACAAGAACACCAGCAGGAUUGGAACGCUUUUGUGCACGUUGCCUUUUUUAUUUGGAUGUUACUUUUUCUUCCCCCCCCCCAACAGUUCUGGUCAGUAGGCCCAGGUGAAUAACAUGCAGUGUAACAGCUGGAGGUGCCUUUUCACUUUCUGUUACCUGGACUGACUGGAUGUACACGAAUGAGUGUGUUUGUAUGUAUAUAUUGAGAAAUGUAAAAUAUAAAUUUACUAAAGCAGCAGUUUCGUAGCUGCACCCAUGCUUGGGCCGAACUUUGGGAAAUCUAUUAAUUUAUUUGGGUCAUUUGUUACCAAGAUGUUCAAUUUCUUUCAGGUCAUUUGUCUGGGGGGGUGGGGGUCUGCUUAUUGACCACAGUGUAAAAAGUGUAAAACUGUACAAAAGAGGAAAAAAUAAAAAAAAAAGAAAUAGCGGUUGACAUAUUGCUUGGAGUUUGUUUUUUCUCCCCCACCAAAAGAUGAUACUUGCCCCUAUUGAAGUACUUCCGUAUACUUUCAUUUUUCCCUCUGACUGAAGUGGAUGAAGCAGCCCCAAUACUGAAAGCACUUUUAUCAAUCCAUUCCCCUUCUCUUCUCGUUACUUAUAUUUUAAGCAGAACUUAUUUAUACUCUUCAUUCUGGCCAC